GUGCGCGCGCGAGAGAUAACAGUGGAAACAGGGCAGGGUCCAACGCAGACAGACGUCGGGAAACGAUUGCACAAGUUGUUUUUCAUACCGGAUGCGUUCAUCCGGUCACUGACGCCGCAACUAUUUUCGGAUUUGUAAAUAUUUAUAAUUAUUAUAUAUAUAUUUAUUUUUAAAUAAGGGGAAGGCAUUUUCUUCAUCCCUUCCCCUUUUCUCGUGAACCCCCUCCGGAGACCACAGGAGGAAGUUCCACGGAAGAACGCAUGAAGUUCGGGGAAACUAACGCGUGCGCGUUCCAGCGUUUUAGAGGGUCGUGACUGUCCACGACGACGCGCGCUCCUGAUUGAUUACACCCCUGCAAUUAAUUUCAUUUAUAUAUUUAUUUUUAAAAAAAGAGAGAGAGAGAAAGAAAACUACAGAUGCAUGAUUGUGCUCAGAGGAGGAGGAUGUUGGAGUGCACAACUUGGAAGCACGCAAGAUUCGGGGUUUAACAGAGGGCAGCGCACGCGAUGAUCAGCUCGGCUCGCGAGCCUUCGGGUCCUCCAGCGCCGGGAUGCGCGGACGGUGCACGCCGGGGAAGCGAGGCGUGUUGUCACCAGGAGGACGCCGGCGUGCUGGUCGUGCCGGCAGCCGGCGAUUUCUGGAACGAGCCCGCUGUCGUGAGCGCGCCGGACGCGGGUGCACGCGUCGGUGGACGCCCGAGCGCGGGGAAGAGCCGGGCCGCGAGUGUCGCGUACGUGCUUAACUCGGAGACGGGCCCGGCCGAGAGCGCGGCCCUGCAGUGCCUGAAGGACGCGUGCGACGCGGCGGCUUGCCGCCUGGACGUGGUCCACUUCGGCAAGCUGGACUUCGGCGAGGUGGCCGUGCUCGACCAGUUCUACAACGCAGAUAUCGCCGUGGUGGAAAUGACCGAUGCUUUCCGGCAGCCGUCUCUCUUCUAUCACCUGGGAGUAAGGGAGAGUUUCAGCAUGGCCAACAACAUCAUCCUGUACAGCGACUCCAACUCCGACUCGCUGCAGAACCUCCAGGAGGUCGUGUGCCAGAAAAACACUUCGUGUGCAGCGAACUACCUAUUUAUUCCGUACAUGGUGACUCCUCAAAAUAAGGUGUACUGCUGCGAGGGCAGCCUCAUGAAGGGCCUCAGCGAAUUGAUGCAGCCCAGUUUCGAGGCACUGCUCGGUCCCAUCUGCAUGCCUCUAGUGGAUCGCUUGACCCAGCUUCUCACCAGCACACAGACCAGCUCCUGCCAGUACUUCCGGGAGACCAUGCUGAACGAGAUCCGCAAAGCACGGGAGCUGUACACGGGGGUGGAGCUUGCAGCAGAGCUGGGGCGGAUCCAGCAGCGAUUGGACAACGUGGAGUGUCUUUCAGCUGACAUCGUGAUCAACCUGCUUUUAUCAUACAGAGACAUACAGGAUUAUGAGUCCAUCGUCAAGCUGGUUGAGACUCUCGAAAAGCUUCCGACCUUUGACCCCAUUGCCAACCCUCACGUGAAAUUCCACUAUGCCUUCGCGCUAAACAGGAGAAACCAGCCUGGGGACAGACAGCGAGCUCUGGACCUCAUGCUUCCUCUGGUCGAGUCUGAAGUGCAGGUGGCCUCGGACAUUUACUGCCUGGUGGGACGUAUCUACAAGGACAUGUUUCAGGACUCGCACUUUACUGACACUCAGAGCCGAGACAGCAGCAUACUCUGGUUCAAGAGAGGGUUCGAAUCGGAGCCCACGCUGCACUCCGGUAUAAACUACGCUGUGCUUUUGCUGGCCGUUGGUCACCAGUUCGACUGUUCCUUCGAGCUCCGUAAAGUCGGUGUGAAGUUGAGCAGUCUAUUGGGAAAGAAAGGCAGUCUGGAUAAACUACAGAGUUACUGGGAUGUGGGCUUUUUCCUGGGUGCUAGCAUUCUGGCCUGCGACAACACUCGGGUCUUACAAGCCUCGGAGAAGCUCUUCAAGCUUAAAGCACCUGUCUGGUACCUCUGCUCGUUGGUCGAGACCAUUCUAAUCUAUCAGCACUUUAAGAAACCUUCGACUGAGCCACCAGGCCCUAAACAGGAACUGGUGGAUUUUUGGAUGGACUUCCUGGUAGAGGCUACCAAAAAAGAUGUCUCAUCUGUCCGCUUCCCAGUGUUGAUUCUAGAGCCCACUAAAGUCUACCAGCCGUCUUACCUGUCAAUCAACAACGAUGUGGAACAGAACACACUCUCGAUUUGGCACGUGGCUCCUGAUGACAAAAAUAAGGGGAUCCAUGAGUGGAAUUUCAGUGCUGCAUCAGUGCGAGGUGUGAGCAUUUCUAAGUUUGAUGAACGCAGCUCUUUCCUUUACGUACUAAACAACUCCGAAGACUUCCAGAUCUACUUCUGCACAGAGAUGCACUGCAAAAGGUUCUGUGAGCUUGUGAACAGUCUGACUGAAGAAGCCUGGAAAGGUCCAGAAGAGGCGGAGUGUGAUUCUGAAACUUUAGAGUACGAUUAUGAAUACGAUGAGCAUGGUGAGAGAGUGAUUCUGGGUAAAGGGACGUUCGGCAUCGUCUAUGCGGGUCGUGACCUCAGUAACCAGGUGCGACUGGCAAUCAAGGAGAUUCCUGAGCGGGACAGCAGGUACUCCCAGCCUCUGCACGAGGAGAUUGCCCUGCACAAGCACCUGAAACAUAAGAACAUUGUGCAGUACUUGGGCUCCAUCAGUGAAGACGGCUUUAUCAAGAUCUUCAUGGAGCAGGUCCCAGGAGGCAGUCUCUCAGCACUGCUGCGCUCCAAAUGGGGUCCUCUAAAGAACAAUGAGCCGACCAUCGGCUUCUACACCAAACAGAUCCUAGAAGGGCUCAAAUACCUGCACGAUAACCAGAUUGCCCACCGAGACAUCAAGGGAGACAACGUCCUGAUAAACACCUACAGCGGAGUUCUGAAGAUCUCAGACUUUGGCACGUCAAAGCGCCUGGCUGGGAUCAACCCCUGCACAGAGACCUUCACCGGAACGUUACAGUACAUGGCUCCAGAGAUCAUAGACAAAGGCCCUCGUGGUUAUGGGAAGCCAGCGGAUAUUUGGUCACUGGGGUGCACCAUUAUAGAGAUGGCCACUGGGAAACCACCAUUUUAUGAGCUGGGAGAACCUCAGGCAGCCAUGUUUAAGGUGGGAAUGUUCAAGAUCCAUCCAGAAAUUCCAGACACCAUGUCAGCCGAGGCCAAGGCGUUCAUCUUGCGCUGUUUUGAGCCGGACCCGGACCUGCGCGCUACGGCCAACGAGCUGCUCAUGCACGACUUUCUCACAGUGACGUCUCGCAAGAAAAAAGCCAAGGGCAACAACUUCACAGCUUUGACCCCAGCAACAGAAUACGUGCGCAGUAUCUCGCUUCCCGUUCCGGUGGUGGUCGAGGACACGAGCAGCAGCAGCGAAUAUGGUUCGGUGUCUCCGGACAACGAGCUGAGCGUCAACCCUUUCGUCUUCAAGCCCAGCGUCAAGUGCCUUAGUGAACGAGAGGUCAAAGGGCACAGGUCGCUCUUCCUCAGCAUCCCAGUGGAGCAGUUUGAGGACCACAGCGCUCCGCCGUCUCCGGAAGAAAAGGACCCCGGGUUCUUUAUGCUAAAGAAGGACAGCGAGCGCAGGGCCACGCUGCACCGCAUCCUCACCGAGGACCGAGACAAAAUAGUCACUAACCUGCAGGAGGCGCUCACGCAGGGUGCGGAGGAGACCAAGCUAAAACACGAGCACAUUUCAACUCUGGUUGCCAGCCUGGGGGAUUUCGUACGGAUGGCAGACCGAAAAAUCAUCGCCAACACGCUGUCGCAGCUUAAACUCGAGCUGGACUUUGACAGCGUCGCCAUCAGCCAGCUGCAGGUGGUGCUGUUCGGCUUCCAAGAUGCGAUGAACAAAGUGCUACGGAAUCACAACAUCAAACCUCACUGGAUGUUUGCUCUCGAUAACAUCGUCCGGAAAGCCGUACAGACCGCCAUCACCAUCCUGGUGCCAGAGCUCAGGCCACACUUCAGCUUGGCAUCCGAGAGCGACCACGCCGAUCAGGACGACGUCGACGAGGAAACCCUCGGCAACAAGCGCAGAAACUCCACCGCCGUCAACCACGACGACACGGUGGCCACGUCCGGCGUGAGCACGCUCAGUUCAACCGUCUCAGAGUCUCAGACGGCGCAACGCUCAGUCAGCAUGGAACUCGGCCGCAUGAAGCUCGAGACCAACAGGUUGUUAGAGGAGCUGGUGGAGAGGGAGAGAGAGUAUCAGUGUGUACUCAAUCAGAUUCUGGAAGAGAGGGAGAGGGAGAUUAAACUACUGAAGAUUCGCUCUGAAACUACCAAUGUUGCCGCUCCUUCAGCGAGUACUAUGAGUUCAUUGGGACGUGAGGGCGACACCGAGCUCCUCAAAUGGCUGAGGCUACACGGAGCCGACGCAGACUCUAUAGACCAGAUUGUAGCGGAGGACUACACCCUGGAUGACAUUCUUCACUACGUCACCAGGGACGACCUGAAAAGUCUGAGGUUGAAGGGUGGAAUCCUGUGCAAGCUCUGGAAAGCUAUUGCGGAAUAUCGAGAGAAACCCGGCUGAGAUUCCAGACCCCAGCCUGCUACCUGAUCGACUUUAUUCCAGUGUGUUUACAGACCAAGAAACCUGAGAAUCUGCUCCAGGAAAAAAAAAAACACUGUCACAGCAAGAUCCGAACUCCGGCCUGGACGUUUUAUUCGGCCCGUUUUAUGCAACAUUCGCGUUUUUAAUCCCCAGUGGUUUCGGAUGUGGUUAGUUUCUGCCACGAUUAGAAACAUUUUAUACUGAUGCAAGUUUUAAUAUUCACUUGUACCUGGACAUUUUGUGGCUCUAAAGCAGUGACUUUACAUGCUUUCCUUAUUUCAAAAACCCAUUUGAAGGAUGUGGAGUGAAGCAAGGUGAAGCUCGUACACAAGUCAGAGUUCCUCAUAUACGGCAAUGAAUUCCUGAUCUUGUGUCUUUGCUUGUUCAUGUUUACAAAAAAAAAAACGGAAUCUGAGACUGGCGUAAUCCUUCGUUUGUACAUUUCUUCGAGCUGACCCGGGCUCGGAUUUUAAACUUUUAACAUUUACGUUUCCGAUCUUAACACUAAUUUUUUUUUUACUAUUAUUGUCCGAACCUGUAUUUUAUUGUUUUUUUUUUUACUCUCCGUUACAUCGUGCUUGUCUUGGGUCAGUCGCCAUUGAAAGAUCAUGAGGCGUAAUCCAUAAACUGUACUGUAUUAAAAAUAAGUUCUUGGAACAAAGUUUGAAGAUGUUCAAAAGCCAGAUUUCUGCAUCGCGUGACUUUGGGAUUUUUUUUUCCGUACGCUUAUUAGUUCAUACAAACGUUAUACAUUCUAUAAAACUUGUGGCUUUAUACAGUUUUUACCUGGUUGUUCUGCUUAGCGCACAGUUUUGGUUUUUUUUCCCCCCGUACUUGAUAUUUUCUAUUUAAUGUUGUUUUUGUUUAUUUAAUCAUUAAUGAAUGAGAUUAUUUGUGCAUUUGUUAGAUGACAGUCCUAAAAAUUAACUGUGAAAUUAAAGUGGGACCUGAGAAAUCGUUA